CUCUCUCUCUCUCUCUCUCUCUCUCUGUGUAAAGUCUCCUCUCUCCCACUAUAUAUACCUACCCCCGCAGUCAUGGGCCCUUUUUUCCUUCUCCUCCUCCUCUUUCUCAUCUACACAGUCUUCUCCCCGACCACUCUCCGGCUUACUCGCCGUCCGAUCCUCAACGCUCAUCCUCCACCCGGAAAAUCUCAUCAACGCCCAUUUGAGCUCCCCAAGAAUAUCUUUGGCUUGAAGUGUUGAGUACUAUGGAUGGUUCUAAGGAGUAUGGACUAAGAAAGGUAAGUUCUCAUUGCUCCAUCUCUGAGAUGGAUGAUUAUGAUCUGUCAAAGCUUCUUGACAGACCGAGGAUCAACAUAGAGAGAAAAAGAUCCUUUGACGAGAGGUCGCUUAGCGAGUUGUCCAUUGGAUUAGCGAAAGGCCUCGAUAACUUUGAGGGUGCUUACUCACCUGGUGGACGGUCAGGAUUCAGUACUCCGGGUUCAACAGCUCGGAAUUCUUUUGAGCCACACCCAAUGGUUGCUGAUGCCUGGGAAGCUCUUCGUCGAUCUAUGGUGUAUUUCCGUGGCCAACCAGUUGGCACAAUUGCUGCAUAUGACCAUGCUUCAGAGGAGGUUCUUAAUUAUGACCAGGUUUUUGUACGAGAUUUUGUUCCCAGUGCUUUGGCUUUUCUAAUGAAUGGGGAGCCUGACAUAGUCAAGCACUUUCUCCUAAGGACAUUACAGCUUCAAGGGUGGGAAAAGAGAGUGGACAGAUUCAAGCUUGGCGAAGGAGUAAUGCCAGCUAGUUUCAAAGUUCUUCACGACCCAGUUCGUAAAACAGAUACUGUAGUAGCAGAUUUCGGCGAGAGUGCAAUUGGAAGAGUAGCCCCAGUUGACUCUGGAUUCUGGUGGAUUAUUCUGCUACGUGCAUACACAAAGUCUACUGGAGACUUAACUCUUGCUGAAACUCCGGAGUGCCAAAAGGGAAUAAGGCUUAUAUUGACCCUGUGUCUGUCAGAGGGAUUUGAUACAUUUCCUACCCUGCUAUGUGCUGAUGGAUGCUCAAUGAUUGAUCGAAGAAUGGGUAUAUAUGGUUAUCCUAUUGAGAUUCAAGCACUUUUCUUUAUGGCGUUGAGAUCUGCUUUGCCUAUGAUUAAACUUGAUGCGGAAGGGAAAGAGUGCGCGGAGAGCAUAGUAAAGCGCUUGCAUGCAUUGAGUUAUCACAUGCGAAGUUAUUUCUGGCUUGACUUCCAACAGUUAAAUGACAUAUACCGCUAUAAAACAGAGGAGUACUCCCAUACUGCUGUAAAUAAGUUCAAUGUCAUGCCUGAUUCUAUCCCAGAAUGGGUGUUUGAUUUUAUGCCAAAGCGUGGUGGCUACUUUGUUGGGAAUGUCAGCCCUGCUAGGAUGGAUUUUCGAUGGUUUGCUUUAGGUAACUGUAUUGCUAUAUUAUCUUCUUUGGCGACUCCAGAGCAAUCUUCUGCUAUUAUGGAUCUUAUUGAAGCACGCUGGGAAGAACUGGUUGGAGAAAUGCCUUUAAAGAUAUGCUAUCCUGCAAUAGAAAGUCACGAAUGGCGUAUUGUGACCGGUUGUGAUCCAAAGAAUACCCGAUGGAGUUACCACAAUGGAGGAUCUUGGCCAGUUCUUUUGUGGUUGCUAACGGCUGCCUGCAUCAAAACGGGACGGCCCCAAAUGGCAAGAAGAGCAAUUGAUCUUAUCGAGAGCCGUCUGCUUAAAGACAGCUGGCCAGAAUAUUAUGAUGGUAAACUCGGGAGAUAUGUCGGUAAACAAGCCAGGAAAUAUCAGACGUGGUCAAUAGCGGGAUAUUUGGUGGCAAAGAUGAUGUUGGAGGAUCCCUCGCACUUGGGAAUGAUCUCCUUGGAAGAGGACAGGCAAAUGAAGCCUGUUCUUAAGAGAUCCUCCUCCUGGACCUGCUGAACUUUCGGCUCAAGCAAAGCGGCGGAACAUAGCACAGAAGAGGAGGGGUGAAACAGAAGGUGAGAGAUCUUGUUUAUGUACUUUAUAACAGCAAAAAGAAAAAAAGGAAAACAAUUGAUUCUUGGGCAAUUUCGCCAUUGUUGGCUUUCAUUGUGUAUAUUAGCAUCUCCCGGACUACCCUCUUUGUUUCUUCAAUAAGAGAGACCUUUUGAUUUGUGUUUUAAA